AUGCCACCAAAAAGAAAAGGGCCUUUGCAAACAGUGCAAAGAGAGACGGAUGAUAUCAAAAAACAGGUGAGCCUGCUAGCUUAGCUAAUGUUAGCUAGCUAACUUGAAUGCAAUGCAUGGUGGUUUUUCCUGUGUUGCUUGCAGUCAUCCUAGGCUACGAUCCAUCACAUGUGUGAUCUAUUUUACUUCCCUAGGUUGACAGUCUGAUAAAAGAUGCACGGCAGUCAGAUGUGUCAGGGCGCACAGAGGCAUAUCAGAGGUAGCUAACCCCCUUCACUUAUUCAAAUCUGCUAAACGUUACUAGUUAUAGCUAGCUAGCUGCUAACGUAUGGAUAUUAUAACUAGCUAACUUAAAACGUUGCCUUUUCUUCCAGCAGAUGCAUACAUCUACAAAACCUAGUGGAGGAGACAACCAGGAAGCUCAAGAAGUUAACCAAGGUGUGUAUAUAAAGCAUUUCUAAAGCUAGCUAGCUACAUUAUUUUCCCCCCAUUCAUUUUCAUCGUUGUUUUGUCUUUCAAAUGCUGCUCCAUACUUUUGUUGUUUUAGCUAGCUACUUAGCUACACAUUUUUCAUUUGCUCCCCACUAAAGGCUGAUGAGCCAGCCCCAGUGGGGAAUUACGACCAGAGGAAGAUGGAGGAGGAGAGCCGUCUGCGGGGGAUUGAGGAGCAGCUGCUGGUCUUGGUCCUGGAGCUCUCUCCGCCUCAGAAACAUGAGGGAGGGUGAGGAACAUAGCAAUGUUUCUUAAUAAACACAUUCAAGACUAUGGUCCUUGUGUAAUGUUGUGUACGUUCUGAUCCAUGACUUGUGAGGAUUGUUUCUGUCUCCCAGUCCUCAUAUGUGAGCUGUAGGCCCUUGUACAUGGCCCUUUGUUUCAACCAAAAUACUUGCUUGGCUUCUGCUAGUGUGUGGAGGAUGCUAUCUACCACUUAGCUAUGUGUUAAAUUAAGACAAGUUCUUGAAACUUCCAGUCUCCAAAGAGAAAGACCAUCUGUCAUUUUUUCCCCCAGGUCAUCCCAAGCCCAGGAAGAUGAAGAGGAGGAAGACAGUGAGGAAGACAGUGAGGAAGACGAGAGUGAAGAUGAGAGUGUAGAAGAUGAGGAAGAUGUAGUCACAAAGACCACGGAACAAAUCCCAGAGUCAGGCACUGCCACGUAUAUGGUUAUCAGUGCCUUUAAAGGAGAGCAGGAGGGAGAUCUUACCAUUCAGGUGAAAAUACUGCUCAGACAAAUUCACUAGCAUACGAAGAUCAUAUCCUGCCUGUUUGUCAUAAUGUAGUUAAACAGUGGUGAUCUUUUUUGCUUAUUGUUUCAGAUGGGUGAGGUCCUGACAAUUCUCAGUAAGAAUGAGGAUGGAUGGUGGCUUGCUCAGGACUCAAAGGGCAAUAAGGGACUAGUCCCCAAAACCUACUUGAAGGUACCAUCAGUUUAUCAAUUAUUUGAUGUUGAUUGCUGUAGUUCUAAUUACAACAAAAAUAAUAAAUGUUAUGUAUGUUGUGUUUUUAUGUUUUAGAGAUAUUCAGACCAGGAUGAUGAGGAUUAUGAGGAUGAUGAAGCAUCAGAGGAUGAGGAUGAGGAGAUUGAGUCCAAAAGGAUGCAUAGGUGAGGUUCUCUUCAUAACCACUAGAUGGCAAUGUUUACAAAGGCAUCGCUCGAAGACUAUCACUCCCUCAACAAAGUGAUUAUGAAUCUUUCUGACUGCUAGUCAAUCAAGUUUGUUGUUGUUGAUCUAUAAUUGAUAACACAUACAUUUGCAAUGCUGAUGAUGAUAUUCUAGUGUUAGUUCCCAAUGACUGUCACAGUGAAUAUAUUCUCCCAUAAACAGCUCGAACCUGGACAGUGUGAGGAGAGCCAUCACUGAGGUAAGAUGAGCUAGUGGUGGAUCAGUUCAACUAGAUUCUAGAAAAUCAUCUACUACUUGUGUGUGUGUGUGUGUGUGUAUGCACAUGUACAUUUGUGUGUGUCUAUUCCUGUGUGAAAUUCUUUUCAGAUUGAUGCUACUGAUGUUCUGUCUGCCAUGGGUGCCAUCCCUGCUGGGUUUAGGUCAUCCACCCUCUCUAAACUACUAGAUGAAGGUAAGCCUCUGAGCUUAGAUAAGCCUUGUCUCACAGAGGCAUGACAUUCUGCCGGAACAGAAAGACUCUCCUGAUCAACAGAAAGUGCAUGUAGAUAGUUCUCCCGAAUAAUAUUGAAUAAUGUAUCAUCAGCUUGUGUACUGUGGGCCAGAUUGGAUGUCAUUGAUAAAGAACAACUGCGUCAUCUUUUAGUACCCAGUGUUCUGAUGACCCAUUAUCUUCAUCAAAUACACACAUUUACCCUAACCCUCUGGGCUACAGACACACACACACACACACACACGCGCGCACACACACACACACACACUCACAGCUAAUAUGUCACAGCAGGCAUGCAUGCACACAAAGACAUAGACACUUUCUGCCAUGUCGGUCACCCAUCCCAGAGGCUGUAUGCUUUUUAUGCUCUGCAUAAUUCUUCAAUAGUGGACAGGGUCACACCCAAUGUUCCCUCUAGGCUGCGUGUGUGGGCAGCCGUGCACUUUCUCCAGGACUGCCGCACAGAAGAAAUGCCAGGCGGCGCAGAGACGCAAGAGAUUAAACUUCACUGAGUUCACCCCAUUAAUUUGCACUAUAUAGAUCAAUGUUUUUUCUGUGAUUGAAUCAACAUUAUAUCGGCCCCUUUUCAAUGCAACAAGCCAAAACAAAUCUAACUUUGCAAGAUUGAGCCUGUGAUUUUGUUGUAGGCAGAGCCAGAGCACAAAGGAGUAUAAUUCUAUUGGCGGUCUUUCAAUCACCCACGAGUGAAAGAGCUUUUCAGAUCAGAGUGCAGUGCCACGUGUUUGCACAUUUGUUGAUAUUCUUUGAUAGUUAGCAAGUUAUUAGCCCAGUUAUAGAUAAGUAUAGGUCAUCAAUGGGGAGUUACUGCUUCGUUCAAGAGCACAAAACAUGUAGGCUACAUUUCAAGCUGUCUUUGAAAAGCCAGUCAGGUAAAAAGCUUAUGUCUUAAUUAAAAGGGAAGUGUUGUAUUUUGAGACAGGCUUGAAUAUGCAAAUACACCAAUAGGCAGAGGGGUUGCCUACAUUGUCUAAUUCUCUGUAUGGUAAUAAUAACUUUUAUUUUGUAAAGUGGUUUCUUGCAUCAUACAACACAAUACAAUGCAAUUUACGGUAACGUAUUUGGCCCAUGGUGUUACACACCAAGUAAAAAAUCAUUAAUUAAUGUAAAGCCCUUCAUAAUGUAAAAAAAAAUGUUUUUAAAAGUCUCAUGCAAUGUAGGCCUGCAUUGAACACCACAUAUAGGCUACUCAUAGAAAUCAAAAGCGAUUUCAAUGUGAAAAUGUUAUGGGAUUUUCUCCAUUGGUUUUGUUGGUAGGCUCAAAUAUCCACAAUAGCCUAUUGGCUACUAAUACUGUAAGUGUACAGCCUCAGUGUUCACUGUAAAUGCACGCCAGAAGUUGCACAAAAUUCUCACAAUGUUGAAGUUUCUGCUCAUAAGACCUAAAAAUUGCUUGUAUGUUUUUAUAAGGGUGUGUGGCCUGUGUGUUUUACAGGGAUCACCUACAGAAGAAGUCACUACAUCCAGCCAGAGUUGAGCCAAUCCAAACUGUCCUUCAAAGACCUCUUCCGGGACCCAGACACUGGAAAAGUAAGCAUUUAGACUGAGAUGACGUUAAAGUAGUUAUGGCCAACUUGCAAAGGUCACAUCACACAAAUAGGUCUUCCUUUAGCAUGGUGUCAGUUAGGGCUGAGGCGGCCAUGACAUUUUGUCAGCCGGUGAUUGUCAAGCAAAUAACUGCCGGUCUCACGGUAAUUGACCGUUAAUUAACAUCAAUACGUUUAGCAUCUCCUGGCUUCCACCAUAGCCUAUAAGCCACUGAUACAGACCGUAGGAACUUCUACAUUUGAAAAAGUCUAAUAAAUCAAUUUAAUAUAACCUACACCGUCACAAUAAAUCCAUUAUUUAUUUUAGACCGGCCUAAAGAAACAUGAGAUAAAGAAAAUUUAGUCUAUUUCAGAAGAACAGAAUAGCAUACUCUGAGUUGUCCUUGUUAGGUCCUAAUAUGGCUACAGUGUGAGGAAAAAAGUAUUUGAUCCCCUGCUGAUUUUGUACGUUUGCCCACUGACAAAGACAUGAUCAGUCUAUAAUUUUAAUGGUAGGUUUAUUUGAACAGAUAGAGACAGAAUAACAACAAAAUAAUCCAGAAAAACGCAUGUCAAAAAUGUUAUAAAUUGAUUUGCAUUUUAAUUAGGGAAAUAAGUAUUUGACCCCCUCUCAAUCCGAAAGAUUUCUGGCUCCCAGGUGUCUUUUAUACAGGUAACGAGUUGAGAUUAGGAACACACUCUUAAAGGGAGUGCUCCUAAUGUCAGCUUGUUACCUGUAUAAAAGACACCUGUCCACAGAAGCAAUCAAUCAAUCAGAUUCCAAACUCUCCACCAUGGCCAAGACCAAAGAGCUCUCCAAAGAUGUCAGGGACAAGAUUGUAGACCUACACAAGGCUGGAAUGGGCUACAAGACCAUCGCCAAGCAGCUUGGUGAGAAGGUGACAACAGUUGGUGCGAUUAUUCACAAAUAGAAGAAACACAAAAGAACUGUCAAUCUCCCUUGGCCUGGGGCUCCAUGCAAGAUCUCACCUCGUGGACUUGCAAUGAUCAUGAGAACGGUGAGGAAUCAGCCCAGAACUACACGGCAGGAUCUUGUCAAUGAUCUCAAGGCAGCUGGGACCAUAGUCAACAAGAAAACAAUUGGUAACACACUAUGCCGUGAAGGACUGAAAUCCUGCAGCGCCUGCAAGGUCUCCCUGCUCAAGAAAGCACAUAUACAGGCCCGUCUGAAGUUUACCAAUGAACAUCUGAAUGAUUCAGAGGAGAACUGGGUGAAAGGGUUGUGGUCAGAUGAGACCAAAAUCGAGCUCUUUGGCAUCAGCUCAACUCGCCAUGUUUGGAGGAGGAGGAAUGCUGCCUAUGACCCCAAGAACACCAUCCCCACUGUCAAACGUGGAGGUGGAAACAUUAUGCUUUGGGGGUGUUUUUCUGCUAAAGGGACAGGACAACUUCACCGCAUCAAAGGGACGAUGGACGUGGCCAUGUACCGUCAAAUCUUGCCAGGGCAUUGAAAAUGGGUCGUGGAUGGGUAUUCCAGCAUGACAAUGACCCAAAAAACACGGCCAAGGCAACAAAGGAGUGGCUCAAGAAGAAGCACAUUAAGGUCCUGGAGUGGCCUAGCAAGUCUCCAGACUUUAAUCCCAUAGAAAAUCUGAGGGAGCUGAAGGUUCGAGUUGCCAAACGUCAGGCUCGAAACCUUAAUGACUUGGAGAAGAUCUGCAAAGAGGAGUGGGACAAAAUCCCUCCUGAGAUGUGUGAAAACCUGGUGGCCAACUACAAGAAAUGUCUGACCUCUGAUUGCCAACAAGGGUUUUGCAGAGGGGUCAAAUACUUAUUUCCCUCUUUAAAAUGCAAAUCAAUUUAUAAAAUUUUUGACAUGCGUUUUUCUGGAUUUAUUUUGUUGUUAUUCUGUCUCUCACUGUUCAAAUAAACCUACCAUUAAAAUUAUAGACUGAUCAUGUCUAUGUCAGUGGGCAAACGUACAAAAUCAGCAGGGGAUCAAAUACGUUUUUCCCUCACUGUACACACUUGCCAUUUGCCACAUAGAAGCUAAAUAUUUUUAGAAUGUAAUUAUAGGUAGCACUUCUUCUUUUAUUCCAGUGUUUAUCUAAAUAUUCCACGAACGGAAAUACACAAUGGACAAAAAAACAUUUCAAUUUCUCCUCAUCGCUCAGCCACAUAAUAACAGGGUAUAUCGGGGUGGGCUUUCUGAAAUAGGAGCAAGUGUAUAUCGUGGUACAAAGGGCAAUAGAGGAUACUAAUGACCAUCAGCAGCAUCUCCGCAACAGCCCUAGUUUUUAGAAGGUCAAGAGCUGUGCGUCCUCCGAAACACAACACAACCGAGCCGCACUGCUUCUUGACACAAUGCGCACUUAACCCGGAAUGAGUGUGGAUCCCGCACCAAUGUGUUGGAGGAAACACUGUACACCAGGCGACCGUGUCAGCGUGCACUGCGCCCGCCACAGGAGUUACUAGUGCGCGAUGGGACAAGAACAUCCCUGCUGGCCAAACCCUCCCCUAACCUGGGUGACGCUGGGCCAAUUGUGCGCUGCUCCAUGGUCGCGGCCGGCUGCUUAGACCACUGCACCACUCGGGAGGCCCUCAGCUAUUGUGUGUGUGUUGGUGACAAUUGUUAAUAGUGUGUGCUGUUUUGUUUGACUCAACCAUUGUGAGUCAGGGCUUCAUCUUUAUUAGUUUGGUAUAGGUUUGACUCUAGUGUGCAUGUAUUAGGAGUGCGAAGAAACCCUCUCGUCCCCCGUAGGUUCGUCAGAGGACAGCGAGGACGUCCCUCACUCUGACUCUGUGGAGCUGCAAGAGUAUCCCCACCCCAGGGGUCGGAGUUCAAGUCCUCAGUCGGCACAUCCGCCUCUGCGCCUUCGACGGCACUCAGGUGGGACACCUCUACACUGCCGUGCUCACCCAUGAUGCCUUUUUGACUGGAUUGUGUCUUUCUACACUCUUCUCUUGCCCAACAUUUGUUUCUUUCAACAUACCUAGCUCUUUUUUUAAUAAUGUCAGUGUGGCUGUUGUGGAUGUUGUGAGUGAGGGUCAAUAGUUUCGUUGUUGACCGUCUUCUCUUUUUAGGUUCUUAGUAACAUCCAUACCAUCCGAGCCACUUGCAAUGCAAACAACGUCAAGACCUGGUCCUUUUCUCCCCGGGUACUGCAUCAUUUCGACAUCACUGAACACUCAAGCUAUUGAAAUGGAGCAGAGCGUACCAUGCUGUAUAGUCUGAAUGUAUUUCUGUAAAGCUAAUAGUUUAGUUUAAAUGCUUGUUUGGUUUGGUUUAGCAGAUGACUGGGAAUCUACCCAGCCUUUUGGACAGGGACUGUUUUCUGAGGUGCAACUUGGACACUCCUGAGCUGGGAAUAUUAUUUGAACUUGGCGUCACAUACAUCCGAAAUGUAAGCAUUUCUUAUACCAUUCCUGAGAAAGACUACUCAAGUCUACAGCAAAGUUGUCUCUUUCAGUGCGCUAGCCAUGUCUGUAGACUAACCCCUCUAGCAAUGUCCUAUGGGGUAGCUGUUAUUUCUCCAACAGUAUCUAUAACAUGAUUUUCGAGUGAUUCUUGGUUUGCAUUGAUUUAUAUUGAGCUCUUGCUCUCCAGUCUACCGGUGAGAGAGGAGACCUGAGCUGUGGCUGGGCCUUCCUGAAGCUCUUUGAUGCCAAUGGAGCUCCUGUCCCACACAGGUACUGUAUUACUCCUUUGCUGGUCCGGAGCCAAAAAGACUCGCAUUUCGAUGUUGCCAUCAACACAGAUGCCCUAAGAGAUAUCAUAAUCUGAUUUCAUUGCCAUUUGCAAUGAAAUCAGCUUUUCCUACAGUAGUACAAUACAGUAUGUGUUUCAGUAGCUGUUUGUUAGUAAUGAGGACUGCUCUCGGGCCGAUGUUGUUCCGUCUCAUUUCUCCCCAACACAUCUGUCCCAAAGCCAAAAAUGACUCGCAGCCCAGUAUCGUCAUCAACACAUACAGUAUGUCAGAAGAGAUUUCAUCGUCUGGGAGUGAAUCUCAUGCCUGUGUCUGUCUGUCUCUGUCUGUAGGACCUAUGAAUUGCUUGUGCAUGGAGGCACACCGUAUGAAAAGGACAUAGAGGUAGAUCCGUCUUUAACAAGAGGAGGUAUGAACGCGCAAAAAGUGCAUAUUAAUUACAUGUUAAUAAAUGAAGUUGUAUUGAAUUGAUAGAGGUCAUUAUUACUAAUAUUAUGUUGAGAAUGAGAGUUUCUGAGGUUCUCAUCGUCCAUGUGAUCUCUCUCUGGUCACAGCCACAGGAACAGGCAUGUUCCAGCAGAUGAUGUUGUCCAGGAAACUCCCUAAACUCUUCCUCAAACUGAAAUCGCCAAACGCUCGCACAAGGUCACAGCUGAGGUGAGUGUGGAUUUUGGAAUGGAAGCUACAGGACCUCUUGUCAUGUUGGAGAUCUCAUAGUAGUUUGGAUGUUCCUGUAGCUAGCUAACUCCUCUCCCUGCGUUGUCAGUGCUCUUCCAGACACUCUGGUGGGCAGUCUCUCCAGUAUACACCUGCUGGUUCUACACAGACAACUACUGGCAGAUGCUCUGCUAAUGAACAGGGCUACCAUGCAGAAUGCAGGUAACACAUGCAAGCACGCUCCAACACAUCCAUGGACAGGAUAAUGGGUUGACUUCUGUUAGGUUCUGAAAAACAGAGUUAAAAACUCAAACGGAUGACUAGAAAACGCUAAAACCAAGUUUAUUCACCCACUGGGUCAAACAGCUGAAAAGACAAAGACAUGUUUACACAAGGACAAAAAAAAAAUAUUUAACCAGGUAGGCCAGUUGAGAACAAGUUCUCAUUUACAACUGCGACCUGGCCAAGAUAAAGCAAAGCAGUGUGAUAAAAACAACAACAUCACAGAGUUACACAUGGGAUAAACAAAACAUACAGUCAAUAAUACAAUAGAAAAUCUAUAUACAGUGUGUGCAAAUGUAGUAAGUUAUGGAGGUAAGGCAAUAAAUAGGCCAUAGUGCAAAAUAAUUACAAUUUAGUAUUAACACUGGAAUGAUAGAUGUGCAAAUAGAGAUACUGGGGUGCAAAUGAGCAAAAUAAAUAACAAUAUGGGGAUGAAGUAGUUGGGUGGGCUAAUUACAGAUUGGCUGUGUACAGGUGCAGUGAUCGGUAAGCUGCUCUGACAACUGAUGCUUAAAGUUAGUGAGGGAGAUAAGUCUCCAGCUUCAGAGAUUUUUGCAGUUUGUUCUAGUCAUUAGCAGCAGAGAACUGGAAGGAAUGGCAGCCAAAGGAGGUGUUGGCUUUGGGGAUGACCAGUGAGAUAUACCUGCUGGAGCGCAUACUAUGGGUGGGUGUUGCUAUGGUGACCAAUGAGCUAAGAUAAGGCAGGGAUUUGCCUAGCAGAGAUUUAUAGACGACCUGGAGCCAGUGGGUUUGGCGACGAAUAUGUAGUGAGGGCCAGCCAACGAGAGCGUACAGGUCACAAGGGUGGGUAGUAUAUGGGGCUUUGGUGACAAAACGGAUGGCAGUGUGAUAGACUACAUCCAAUUUGCUGAGUAGAGUGUUGGAGGCUAUUUUGUAAAUGACAUCGCCGAAGUCAAGGAUCGGUAGGAUAGUCAGUUUUACGAGGGCAUGUUUGGCGGCAUGAGUGAAGGAGGCUUUGUUGCGAAAUAGGAAGCCGAUUCUAGAUUUAACUUUGGAUUGGAGAUGCUUAAUGUGAGUCUGGAAGGAGAGUUUACGGUCUAACCAGACACCUAGGUAUUUGUAGUUGUCCACAUAUUCUAAGUCAGACCCGCCGAGAGUAGUGAUUCUAGCCGCGGGUGCAAGCAGCGUUCGAUUGAAGAGCAUGCAUUUAGUUUGACUAGCGUUUCAGAGCAGUUGGAGGCUACGGAAGGAGUGUUGUAUGACAUUGAAGCUCGUUUGGAGGUUUGUUAACACAGUGUCCAAUGAAGGGCCAGAUGUAUACAAAAUGGUGUCGUCUUCGUAUAGGUGGAUCUGAGAGUCACCAGCAGCAAGAGCGACGUCAUUGAUAUACACAGAAAAUAGAGUCGGCCCGAGAAUUGAACCCUGUAGCACCCCCAUAGAGACUGCCAGAGGUCCAGACAACAGGCCCUCCGAUUUGACACAUUGAACUAUAUCUGAGAAGUAGUUGGUGAACCAGGCGAGGCAGUCAUUUGAGAAACCAAGGCUAUUUAGUCUGCCAAUAAGAAUGCGGUGAUUGACAGAGUCGAUGAAGACGGCUGCACAGUACUGUCUAUUAUCGAUCGCGGUUAUAAUAUCGUUUAGGACCUUAAGCGUGGCUGAUGCUUUCACCCAGUCUUCCCACGUUAAGCCACAGGUUAGAAAAAGUGUGAUAACGCCAUCAUUUUCACUUCGCUCCCCAUCUCCUUCUUCCUCCAUGGCCACACGAUAUACAGCACCCAAUGUCACAGGAAGGCCAAAAAGAUCAUCAAGGACAUCAACCACCCGAGCUGCUGCCUGUUCACCCCACCCCUUUGUGAACACCCUCGUUACAGUGUAAACUUUGGGUCCCAACGGUUGAUACGCAGCCACCUUCUGACACCUUCCUGCUGGCGGUUAGGAAUGAGGGAGAAAUUAGUGCUGUUGGAAGAGUACCCAACCUUUCAAAACUCUGAGUCACAUGUUUCUUAAUCACACUCUACAGGAGAUGUGAUGCUAUUAUUACAGCGAACUUCCCUUCCGGUGAAGUGGCCUCCUGUAUACAGGGAUCUGUGGCUAUUCUUUCAAGCGUUGUACCUUCUUUGAUGAACCCCUCACUGAAAGUUGACAAUAGUGUCUGAAAUGACAACAAUCAAUCAAUCAUCAAAUUUGAUUUAUAAAGCCCUUUUUACAUCAGCAGAUGUCACAAAGUGCUAUACAGAAACCCAGCGUAAAACCCCAAACAGCAAGCAAUGCAGAUGUAGAAGCACGGUGGCUAGGAAAAACUCCCUAGAAAGGCAGAAACCUAGGAAGAAACCUAGAGAGGAACCAGGCUCUGAGGGGUGGCCAUUGCCCUUCUGGAUGUGCCGGGUGGAGAUUAUACAGUGGGGAAAAAAAGUAUUUAGUCAGCCACCAAUUGUGCAAGUUCUCCCACUUAAAAAGAUGAGAGAGGCCUGUAAUUUUCAUCAUAGGUACACGUCAAGUAUGACAGACAAAAUGAGAAAACAAAUCCAGAAAAUCACAUUAGUAGGAUUUUUUAUGAAUUUAUUUGCAAAUUAUGGUGGAAAAUAAGUAUUUGGUCACCUACAAACAAGCAAGAUUUCUGGCUCUCACAGACCUGUAACUUCUUAUUUAAGAGGCUCCUCUGUCCUCCACUCGUUACCUGUAUUAAUGGCACCUGUUUGAACUUGUUAUCAGUAUAAAAGACACCUGUCCACAACCUCAAACAGUCACACUCCAAACUCCACUAUGGCCAAGACCAAAGAGCUGUCAAAGGACACCAGAAACAAAAUUGUAGACCUGCACCAGGCUGGGAAGACUGAAUCUGCAAUAGGUAAGCAGCUUGGUUUGAAGAAAUCAACUGUGGAAGCAAUUAUUAGGAAAUGGAAGACAUACAAGACCACUGAUAAUCUCCCUCGAUCUGGGGCUCCACGCAAGAUCUCACCCCGUGGGGUCAAAAUGAUCACAAGAACGGUGAGCAAAAAUCCCAGAACCACACGGGGGGACCUAGUGAAUGACCUGCAGAGAGCUAGGACCAAAGUAACAAAGCCUACCAUCAGUAACACACUACGCCGCCAGGGACUCAAAUCCUGCAGUGCCAGACGUGUCCCCCUGCUUAAGCCAGUACAUGUCCAGGCCCGUCUGAAGUUUGCUAGAGUGCAUUUGGAUGAUCCAGAAGAGGAUUGGGAGAAUGUCAUAUGGUCAGAUGAAACCAAAAUAGAACUUUUUGGUAAAAACUCAACUCGUCGUGUUUGGAGGACAAAGAAUGCUGAGUUGCAUCCAAAGAACACCAUACCUACUGUGAAGCAUGGGGGUGGAAACAUCAUGCUUUGGGGCUGUUUUUCUGCAAAGGGACCAGGACGACUGAUCCGUGUAAAGGAAAGAAUGAAUGGGGCCAUGUAUCAUGAGAUUUUGAGUGAAAACCUCCUUCCAUCAGCAAGGGCAUUGAAGAUGAAACGUGGCUGGGUCUUUUACAGUGUAGACCUCCAAAAUCAACCUGAUACCCCAAAUAAACAGUUUAGGGCAAUCCUAAAUAAAUGUACGGGUACAGUUGACCACCCCCCUCCUUCCCGGUACUCAUCUUUUGGCGUAUCUUCAUUUUCUUCUUCAGAUAGCGUUACAGUUCAUCCUCCCAGGACACAUAUGUAACUCAUGCCUGUCAAAGUGGAUGGCCCUUGAUAAUGUCCCGAUUUCAAUAUCUGGGGGAUAAUCCGAUUUUCCCAAGCACACAAAUCUCUCACCUGAGCCGCCAUCACCAUUCUGUACAGACCAUUCUGUCUGGUCCAUUUUCCCACCAGUGCACCAGCAGCAGGAGAGGAGUUUGAAAAUAAUCUCUCUCCAUGCUCACUCCACAUGCACGGUCUCAGGACUCAUGCCGUGCUUCUGCUGCUUGUACUCAGGUUGCUGGCUCGGACUCAGGUCACAGGUAGGAGUGGUGAAAGACAGGGCCGUAGUGAACACCAUUUCCGCCAUUACUUCAGCCGGUUGCGGGGGAGGGGGGGGGGGUGAGGGUGAGCUCACACUGUUCUCGUUGUAUUAUUCCCUCCAUGCAUAUAGAUACCAUCGGUAAUCACUAUCGCCACAACUUCGAGAAAGGACAGACCAAAACAACAGUUUAAGGCAUUUCUGAUUCAGAGAAUCCAAACAACUAUUUACCGUAUGACAAAUUAUUACCAAUAUUCCCAAUUUCCUUAAUACAAAAUUCCUGAGACAAAUGUCCAAGAGCAUAACAACACACUGUUGAAACCAUUUUCCAAAUUGGCUUCUACUCCCUUAUCAUACUGGCGACCUCACCGCAGAGUUACCGGGUCUGGGAGUUAGAGCGCUAACCCUUAGGGAGAAACCCCGACCAUACAACAGACCCAAUCUAGUGAGAUUUGUAUUGAAACAAAGACAAAAACAAAACAACAAAAACCUUAAAUAGCUAUACACUUCUUCAUAUUAUACUUAAAUCUCACCCAAUGUCUCUAACCUUUCUAGUGAGGUGGAUCAGGCCUCACUAGGAAGUCAGGACAAAGGUCAUUCAACACCAUUAAGUAUUUUCUUUCCCUUUUCUUUCCCUGUACUUCAGAAACCAUUUAAAAACAUUUCAAACAUUUCCAUCAAUCUGCGUACCCAGUUUACAACCAAAUUAAAAACACCCCACACAGUAAAUCAAACACAGUAUUAACACCACUAACAAAUAUUCAUAACCGGUGGGUUGUGUGUGCUGGUGUGUGUGGUAAAAUGUAGGGCAAAAACAAACAAAUGGCCAGGCCUUACUUAUCUGGGAGCUCCCUUUACGGUCAGAUCCGGAUACCUUUAUACUUUAUAAAACUGCAGAAUUUGCACAUCUAGACAGCCAAUACAUCUAUGUUGCUAGGCAGGAACUUAAGUGGUUCAUCUCAUUGGUGUAGUCAUGGCCCUGCCUCCUAUGUGUGUAUGUCAUAGGAAUGUUCCUUCUCCGUUCAUCUGACCUGACCUCAGCCCACAUUCCUCACUCCUCCCUAAUCCACAGCUAGACAACCUUAUCAGUGACUGAAACCAGACCGUUGCCCUUCUCCUCUCCAUUGUCACGUUCGUCGUAUUGAACAGACCAAGGCGCAGCGUGAUGAACGAACAUGUUUAACUUUAUUAUCUUUAGUGAUAAUAGAACACCAAUCAACAAAACAAGAAACGACUCGUGAAGUCCACGGUAACAAUGACCGAACACGGAACAAGAACCCACAAACACAAAGGGAAAAUAGACAGUAUAAAUAUGGCUCCCAAUCAGAGACAACCAACGACAGCUGACACUUGUUGCCUCUGAUUGGGAGUCACUCUAGCCAACAUAGAAAUAAACACAACAGAAUUACCAACAUAGAAAUAAACACAUAGAAUGAACACACCCUGGCUCAACAUAUAGAGUCCCAGAGCCAGGGUGUGACAGUACCCCCCCCCCCCCUAAAGGCGCGGACUGCGACCGCGCCUCAACCUGAACAAAACAGGGGAGGGCUGGGCGGGCAUACCUCCUCGGCGGCGGUUCUGGCUCCGGCCUUGACCACCACCCUCCAAUAAACCCCCCAUAGCGCCCCUGGUCCAGUCUGGCCCCGCCGGCUGGAGCUGAACUGGACUUAGCAGGAGCGGUUAGCUUCAGCUCCAUAGUGGAGCAGUUGACCGGUACCUUACCAGGCACCGGUGACCCAGGCACGGGUUGUGCUGGACUGACGACGCGCACCCCUGGCUUAGUGCGUGGAGGAGGAACGGGCCUUACCAGGCUGACGACUCGCACCCCUGGCUUAGUGCGUGGAGGAGGAACGGGCCUUACCAGGCUGACGACUCGCACCCCUGGCUUGGUGCGUGGAGGAGGGACGGGCCUUACCAGGCUGACGUCUCGCACCCCUGGCUUAGUGCGAGUAGCAGGAACAGGCCUUACCAGGCUGACGUCUCGCACCCCUGGCUUAGUGCGAGUAGCAGGAACAGGCCGGGCCGGGCUGGCGACGCGCACGUAGACUUGGUGCGAGUGGCAGGAACAGGCCGGGCCGGGCUGGCGACGCGCACCGUAGACUUGGUGCGAGUGGCAGGAACAGGCCGGGCCGGGCUGGCGACGCGCACCGUAGACUUGGUGCGAGUGGCAGGAACAGGCCGGGCCGGGCUGGCGACGCGCACCGUAGACUUGGUGCGAGUGGCAGGAACAGGCCGGGCCGGGCUGGCGACGCACACCGUAGGCUUGGUGCGUGGAGCAGGGACAGGCCGGACUGGGCUGGCGACGCACACCGUAGGCUUGGUGCGUAGAGCAGGGACAGGCCGGACUGGGCUGGCGACGCACACCGUAGGCUUGGUGCGUAGAGCAGGGACAGGCCGGACUGGGCUGGCGACGCACACCGUAGGCUUGGUGCGUGGAGCAGGGACAGGCCGAACCGGGCUGUGGAGACGGAUAGGAGACCUGGAGUGAAGAGCGGCCACAACCCGUCCUGGCUGAAUGCCUACCCUCACACACUCUGUGUGAGGCAUCCGCACAGGACGUACAGGGCGGUGUAUCCGUAACCUGGUGGCCUUCUGAAUCCGCCCCUUUUUUGCCUCCGUCAGCCCCGUCGUCCAUGCCGUGUGCCCCCCCCCUAAAAAAUGUCUGGGGUUGCCUCUCGCCUGUCCGACGUUGACCCGUUUGGCGCCGCUGCUCCUCUCUACGGCGCGCCUCCACCGUCUCUUCUCCCGGCGCUUCCUCCCAUGUCCAGCCCAAGAGCUGCCCCUGGACACGCUGCUUGGUCGUUGCAUGGUGGGUCCUUCUGUCACGUUCGUCGUAUUGAACAGACCAAGGCGCAGCGUGAUGAACGAACAUGUUUAACUUUAUUAUCUUUAGUGAUAAUAGAACACAAUCAACAAAACAAGAAACGACUCGUGAAGUCCACGGUAACAAUGACCGAAUACGGAACAAGAACCCACAAACACAAAGGGAAAAUAGACAGUAUAAAUAUGGCUCCCAAUCAGAGACAACCAACGACAGCUGACACUCGUUGCCUCUGAUUGGGAGUCACUCUAGCCAACAUAGAAAUAAACACAACAGAAUUACCAACAUAGAAAUAAACACACAGAAUGAACACACCCUGGCUCAACAUAUAGAGUCCCAGAGCCAGGGUGUGACAUCCAUAGGAUACAUGAGACUUAACCCUAACAUGUUCUGACAGAAUGUAAACUUUCUGCACUCCCCUUUCUCACUCAGUAGAUUUCCAUUCACUCAGUUCUAAUAGUGUAAGAUAUUUGAAGUUAGAAGUUUGAAUCCAACACUAUAUAUGAUAUGUUGGAUACAGCAUCCCCACCAUUGAUCAGGUCACAUAGUAGUCUACAUGAUGGUGUCUUCCACAUAGAACAGAGUCCGGUUUCCCGAUAGCGAUGGAAUUUUGGCUUAUGAGUGUUUUUAACAAUGCAUCGUUCCUAUAAUGGCCGAAGAUAAACACCACGCAGAGAGAACAUCCAAUACGUGUGUUGUUGGAGCACUUGUCGAUACUGAGAGGAUCGAAAGAAAGGCAGCGCUGCUCCUGGAUCAGCUUUCUCCAUUCAAAUUUUACCUCAACAUUAGAAUUAUUCCACAAUACUGAUGAUGGAUCAGCAUCUAGAGAUCAGCAGCAGCUGUAAGCGGCGGUCGUGUCACAAAACUAAGGCCGUUGCUGAAAUAAAGACGGUUCUCCUAGUUAUUUUUCGAUGAUCUCAUUUUGCUCUUUUGUAGCUUUGGCAGCUAUGUGUGUGUUUUCUAUACCUGUUCACUCAUUUUACAUUUACAUUUUAGUCAUUUAGCAGACGCUCUCAUCCAGAGCGACUUACAGUUAGUGAGUGCAUACAUUAUUUUUUUCAUACUGGGAAUCGAACCCACAACCCUGGCGUUGCAAACGCCAUGCUCUACCAACUGAGCUACAUCCCUGCCGGCCAUUCCCUCCCCUACCCUGGACGACGCCGGGCCAAUUGUGCGCCGCCCCAUGGGACUCCCGGUCACGGCCGGCUACGACAGAGCCUGGAUUCGAACCAGGAUCUCUAGUGGCGCCGCAAGCACUGCGAUGCAGCGCCUUAUCCUUAGACCACUGCGCCACUUCCUGUAGGCUUUACAGAUGCUCCCCUCCCCUUGGUUGCAACCCUUCUAAUUUAGUGUACCCUGCACGCCCAACCCAUGUGGAAUUCCUGGUCUCUGGCAGCAUUUGGAGGUGCCGAUCUGCGGUCAAGAACGCCGAGUUCAUCUCAGCCUAUGCCUCCCUUCAGUCCCUUGACUUUUUGGCCCUGAUGGAGACAUGGGUCACCCCAGAGAACCCUGCUACUCCAGCUGCUCUUUCUUCAUCUGACUACGUUUUCUCUCAUAGUCCAAGAGCAUCUGGUCAUCGCGGUGGUGGCACAGGGCUACUCAUUUCUCCUCAAUUGAGAUUUUAUAUUUUCUCCCUAACUCACCUGUCCAUCUCCUCAUUUGAAUACCGUCAUUUGUCCACUCAAGCUUAACAUUGUUGUCAUCUACCGCCCACCAGGUGCUCUUAGAGAGUUCCUCAAUGAGCUUGACACCUUGAUAAGCUAAUUUCCUGACAAUGGCUCACCGCUCUUUGUACUUUGCGACUUCAACCUCCCGACGUCUGCCUUCGUUUAAUUUCUUUCCAACUCUCUUUCCCCUCUUUGCCUCUUUUAACCUCACCCUUUCCCAAUCCCCUCCAACUCACAAGGCAGGAAAUACGCUUGACCUCAUCUUUACUAGAGGCUGUUCACCUACUAAUCUCACUGCAACCCCCCUCCAGGACUAUGAUCACUACUUUGUUUCCUUUUCUGUCUCCCUCUCCUCCAACCCUAGCCACUCAGCCCCUACCCAGAUGGUAAUGUGCCGUCACAGUCUUCACUAUCUCUCUCCUCUUCUAUCCUAUCCUCUCUCCCUUCUGCUAAAUCCUUCUCCCUCCUGUCUCCUGGUUCUGCCUCUUCAACCCUAGUCGCAUCCUAUGACUCGCACUGUCCCCUUUCCUCUGAGCCGGCUCGGACACUGCCCGCUCAAAGACCUCUCCAUCAGGGUUGACAACUCCACGUUGUCCCCGUCCCAGAGUAAAUAUUUCCACAGCACCCCCCUCGCUCCCUCUUCCCCUGUACUUACUAUGACUGUGAUAUGUGGUUGUCCCACUUAGCUAUCUUAAGAUGAAUGCACUAACUGUAAAUCGCUCUGCAUAUGAGUGUCUGCUAAAUGACUCAAAUGUAAAAUGUAAAUAUUACCACCUAAAUGGCUGCUUAUCCUAAUGGUUACCCAAUAAUAAUGCACUAAAUCACAGAUUGCACAUCAUUGCACACUCAUCACUAAGCUAAGGACCCUGGGACUGAACACCUCCCUCUGUAGCUGGAUCCUGGACUUCCUGACAGGCCGCCCCCAGGUGAUGAGGGUAGGCAACAACACCUCCGCCAAGUUGACCCUCAACACAGGGGCCCCUCAGGGGUGCGUGCUCAGUCCCCUCCUGUACUCUCUGUUCACCCACGACUGCGUGGCCGCGCACGAUGCCAACACCAUCAUUAAGUUUGCCAAUGACACGACGGUGGUAGGCCUGAUCACCAACAACGAUGAGACAGCCUAUAGGGAGGAGGUCAGAGGCCUGGCAACAACCUUUCCCUCAGCGUGAGCAAGACAAAGGAGCUUAUCAUGGACUACAGGAAACAGAGGGCUGAACACGCCCCCAUUCACAUCGACGGAGCUGUAGUGGAGCGGGUUGAGAGAUUCAAGUUCCUCCUCACUAACGACCUAUCAUGGUCCAAAAACACGACAACGCCUCUUCCCCCUCAGGAGGCUGAAAAGAUUUGUCAUGAGCCCUCAGGUCCUCAAAAAGUUAUACAGCUGCACCAUUGAGAGCAUCUUGACUGGUUGCAUCACCGCUUGGUAUGGCAACUGCUCUGCAUCCGAACGCAAGGCGCUACAGAGGGUAGUGCGUACGGCCAAGUACAUCACUGGGGCUGAACUCCCUGCCGUCGAGAGAGAGAGAGGGAGCGAGAGAGAGCAAGCUAUAUUUCGUAGUAUAUAUUUUUUUCACUUUCACUUACUUAGCUAGCAUCGAAUGCAGCUAGCUAGUUUGGCUUACCCAAACACCCGGCUCAAACAGAGAGGGUUGCUAUGUUAGCUAGCUGACUAUGGCUAUCCAAUACUGGAACUUUUCCAAGUCAAGGUAAGCUUUUGGUUUUAUUAGUCUAUUGUCACCGGGGCCCACCGGUGUAUCUGCUAAACUGCUUGCUGCUGACUGUACGCUGUACUGCAGUGGUUCCCAACCUUUUUCGGUUAUUGUACCACCAACGGAAUUACCCCGAGUACCCCGAGGAGUCCUAGUACUUCUGGUUAGGAACCACUGCCGUACUGCAUGAUUGAAGCAGGUUUAGUAACGCGUUAGUGUCGUAGAAAUAUUUGACUCAAAAGUAGUCAACUCAAAAAUAUCUCUCAAGAAACUGGAGCCUGUGAAUCCAAAAAUGUGACUUUUAUUAUCUAAUAACAAAAGCCGAGCAGUUCCAUGGAACUGGCUCAAAGAUUGGCUCAAAGAUCUCAUUUUAUACAAAUACAAGUGGAUAGUCAUGUUUACAUAGCAUAUACAGCUACUUCCCUUAAGAUAACUGAUUAACAUCUUUAACUGCCACGCCACCAUUAUCUUUCGAAGUCCAAUAACACAUGUUGUUUACUCUUACAAGGGCUACAUGCGCUUUCCAAUUGAAGCCUCUUUCCCUUAUCUCUUUAUAUUGGUGGCGUGACUCAGACACUUUCUUAAAAAUAAUAUACAUACAUUGAUUAAAGCAUGGUUACACACUGUAUUGGCUAUAUUCCUUAUUUAAACAUGCAUCUGGAUUAUAUAAUGUCAAUCAUGUUUACUAUAUUUUACUUUUGACAUUUCCCAACAUUUGCCUUAAUGAUACAUAAAAUAUUACCAUAUUAGUUAUAGUAGCUAUGUUGACUAUGACCUGACAACAAUGUAGGCUGUGUGUAGCGGUUAUGAUAUUAUGUUUUUUUAGAUGGUCACAGACAGCUGAUGUAUUGUACACUGAAGUCCACAAGCGAAGGGAAAAGAUGAGAGGACAGCACAUAGAUAGAUGCGAGAAGGAAUGAUAUAUACAACAAGCUGUUUGUAUGUGGCUGCUAUGAAAGUGAACUGUGUUUGCGUGUGAUCAGGAGUGUAUUCAUUAUGCCGAUUCUGUUGAAAAACGUUUCUUAAACAAAAGCAAACGGAACGAAACAGGGAUAAACAUACCUGAAUUUGUCCAAUAGAAACUCUUGUGUGAAACUGUUGGACUAAUGAUUACACCCUAGAUCAGCAAGAUGCAGGCAAGAGUGUGCAACGCGGUAUUGAAUGUGUCACUGUCUGUCACCUUGAUUACUCAAAAUUCUCUCGACCUUUGCACCUACGUUGUAAACUUUCAUUCAUAGGCUAGGUUGUAGCAACCUCAUAAUGGGUACGUGGAAAAUUUGAGUAUCAUGUAGUAGCCUAAACCUAUCAAUGUUACAUUGAGCUGGGUGAAUGGAAUAUGAAUGACAUUCAUCCAACAUGCUGUAAUAGAAAUAAGGCCAUGUUGAUCAAAAAAUGUUUUAUCAUCCUCCCUCAUCUUAAACGGCACUGACUGCCACUGAUACACACACUACAUAUUUCCAUUUUUUAUUAUUAGUAAAUGUGUCAUUAUGUGGUAUUGUGGGUAGAUUGAUGAGAAGAAAAACAUUUAUUUAAUCCAUUUUAGAAUAAGGCUGUAUAGUUUUUUAUUUAUUUAUCAAAUAUUUGUCUUUUUAACUCUGCAAUGUUAGGAUUGGGCUCAUAAGCAUAUCACUGUAAAGUCUACACCUGUUCUAUUCGGCACAUGUGACCAAUAAAAUUGGAUUUGAUUUGAGUCUUUUUGGGUAAUUCUCUUAAGACCUUUCCACACCUGGAUUGUACAAUAUUUGCCCAUUAUUCUUUUUUUAAUUUUUCAAUCUCUGUCAGUUGAUUGUUGAUAAUUGCUAGACAGCCAUUUUCAAGUCAUGCCAUAGAUUUUUAAGUCAAAACUGUAACUAGGCCACUCAGGAACAUUCAGUGUCAUCUUGGUAAGCAACGCCAGUGUAGAAGUGCCUUGUUGCAAACAGGAUGCAUAUUUUGGAAUAUUUGAAUUAUGUACAGGUUUCCUUCUUUUCACUGUCAUUUAGGUUAGUAUUGUGGAGUAACUACAAUUACAUUUUACAUUACAUUUUACAUUUUAGUCAUUUAGCAGACGCUCUUAUCCAGAGCGACUUACAGGAGCAAUUAGGGUUAAGUGCCUUGCUUAAGGGCACAUCGACAGAUUUUACACCUAGUCGGCUCGGGGAUUAGAACCAGCGACCUUUCGGUUACUGGCACAACGCUCUUACCCACUAAGCUACCUGUCUACAAUGUUGUUCAUCCAUCCUCAGUUUUCUCAUAUCACAACCAUUCAACUCUGUAACUCUUUUAAAGUCACCAUUGGCCUCAUGGUGAAAUCCCUGAGCAGUUUCCUUCCUCUCUGGCAACUGAGUUAGGAAGGACGCCUUUAUCUUUGUAGUGACUGGGUGUAUUGAUACACUAUCCAAAGGCCUAAUUGAUAACUUCACCAUGCUCAAAGGGAUAUUCAAUGUCUGCUCUUUUUAUUUUUACACAUCUACCAAUCGGUGCCCGUCUUUGCAAGGCAUUGAAAAACCACCCUGUUCUUUGUGGUUGAAUCUGUGCUUGAAAUGUACUACCCAAUGGAGGGACCUUACAGAUAAUUGUAUGUGUGGGGUACAGAGAUGGGGUAGUCAUUAAAAAAAUAAUGUUAACCACUAUUAUUGAAGACGUAAUGAGUCCAUGCAACUUAUUAUGCGAUUUGUUAAGCACAUUUUUACUCCUGAACUUAUUUAGGCUAACAAAGGGGUUGAACACUUAUUGACUCAAGACAUUUCAGCUUAAAUCUUUGUAUUAAUUUUGAAAAAUGUCUACAAACAGAAUUCCACUUUGACAUUAUGGGGUAUUGUGUGUAGAUCAGUGACACAAAAUCUCAAUUUAAUCCAUUUUAGAUUCAGGCUGUUACACAACAAAAUGUGGAAAAAGUAAAGGUGUGAAUACUUUCUGAAGGCACUGUAUUGGCCCAUGUAGCCUAUUUAUGUUUUACUGCAGUCAUCUUUCGAUUUUCAUUUGAAGCAUUUUUUUAUCCUUCACUUGUUGGUAACAAUUGCAAAGACAUUGGCAACAUUUGUUUGUAGUCAACUUUGUUCUCAUGUUAUCAGUGGUUACAGAGAGACAGAUAAACAUCUUGAUUCUACACUGAGUGUACAAAACAUUAGGAACUCUUUCCAUGACAUAGACUGACCAGGUGAAUCCAGGUGACAGCUAUGAUCCCUUAUUGAUGUCACCUGUUAAAUCCACUUCAAUCAAAUCAAAUUGUAUUGGUCACUACACAUAAUUAGCAGAUGUUAUUGCGGGUGUAACGAAAUGCUUGUGUUCCUAGCUCCAACAGUGCAGUAGUAUCUAAAAAUUCACAACAAUACAUACAAAUCUAAAAGUAAAAGAAUGGAAUUAAGAAAUAUGUAAAUAUUAGGAUAAGCAAUGUCAGAGUGGCAUUGACUAGAAUACAGUAGAAUACAGUAUAUACAUAUGAAAUGAGUAAAACAGUAUGCAAACAUUAUUAAAGUGACCAGUGUUCCAUUAUUAAAGUGACCAGUGAUCCAUGUCUAUGUACAUAGGGCAGCAGCCUCUAAGGUGCAGGGAUGAGUAACCGGGUGGUAGCCGGUUAGUGACAGUGACUAAGUUCAAGGCAGGGUACUGGGUGGAGGCAGACCGGUUAAAGAAGGAAUUUUAAGCCUUGAGAUAAUUGAGACAUGGAUUGUUUAUGUGUGCCAUUCAGAGGGUGAAUGGGCAAGACAAAGGAUUUAUGUGCCUUUGAAUGGGAUGUGGUGCCAGGCACACCGGUUUGAGUGUGUCAAGAACUGCAACACUGCUGGGUUUUUUCACGUUCAACAGUUUCCCGUGUGUAUCAAGAAUGGUGCUCCACCCAAAGGGUAUCCAGCUAACUUGACACAACUGUGUGAAGCAUUGAAGUCAACAUGGGCCAGCAUCCCUGUUGAACGCUUUCAACCCCUUGUAGAGUCCAUGCCCCGACAAAUUGAGGCUGUUCUGUGGGCAAAAAGGGGUGCAACUCAAUAUCAGCUAAGUGUUUCUAAUGUUUUGUACACUCAGUGUAUGUUUAGCUGAGAUGUAUAAAGUGACACGGAAGGGCAAAAAAGAAUCUAACCAUUCACUUAGUUGUUCUACGAGUGGUCUGAGGCAGUUGGUAAAUAACAAGCGUUUUCAAGUGCAACUUUAGUAACGAUGGUUUUGGGAAACAGCUCAGAGAUUUAACGAUGCUCCUAUGAAGGUUCUAAUGAUGAACUUACAGUGAGGGAAAAAAGUAUUUGAUCCCCUGCUGAUUUUGUACGUUUGCCCACUGACAAAGAAAUGAACAGUCUAUAAUUUUAAUGGUAGGUUUAUUUGAACAGUGAGAGACAGAAUAACAACAAAAUAAUCCAGAAAAACGCAUGUCAAAAAUGUUAUAAAUUGAUUUGCAUUUUAAUGAGGGAAAUAAGUAUUUGACCCCCUCUCAAUCAGAAAGAUUUCUGGCUCCCAGGUGUCUUUUAUACAGGUAACGAGCUGAGAUUAGGAGCACACUCUUAAAGGGAGUGCUCCUAAUGUCAGCUUGUUACCUGUAUAAAAGACACCUGUCCACAGAAGCAAUCAAUCAAUCAGAUUCCAAACUCUCCACCAUGGCCAAGACCACAGAGCUCUCCAAGGAUGUCAGGGACAAGAUUGUAGAUCUACACAAGGCUGGAAUGGGCUACAAGACCAUCGCCAAGCAGCUUGGUGAGAAGGUGACAACAGUUGGUGUGAUUAUUCGCAAAUGGAAGAAACACAAAAGAACUGUCAAUCUCCCUCGGCCUGGGGCUCCAUGCAAGAUCUCACCUCGUGGAGUUGCAAUGAUCAUGAGAACGGUGAGGAAUCAGCCCAGAACUACACGGGAGGAUCUUGUCAAUGAUCUCAAGGCAGCUGGGACCAUAGUCACCAAGAAAACAAUUGGUAACACACUACGCCAUGAAGGACUGAAAUCCUGCAGCACCCGCAAGGUCCCCCUGCUCAAGAAAGCACAUAUACAGGGCUGUCUGAAGUUUGCCAAUGAACAUCUGAAUGAUUCAGAGGAGAACUGGGUGAAAGUGUUGUGGUCAGAUGAGACCAAAAUCGAGCUCUUUGGCAUCAACUCAACUCGCUGUGUUUGGAGGAGGAGGAAUGCUGCCUAUGACCCGAAGAACACCAUCCCCACUGUCGAACAUGGAGGUGGAAACAUUAUGCUUUGGGGGUGUUUUCUGCUAUGGGGACAGGACAACUUCACCGCAUCAAAGGGACGAUGGACGGGGCCAUGUACCGUCAAAUCUUGGGUGAGAACCUCCUUCCCUCAGCCAGGGCAUUGAAAAUGGGUCGUGGAUGGGUAUUCCAGCAUGACAAUGACCCAAAACACACGGCCAAGGCAACAAAGGAGUGGCUCAAGAAGAAGCACAUUAAGGUCCUGGAGUGGCCUAGCCAGUCUCCAGACCUUAAUCCCAUAGACAAUCUGUGGAGGGAGCUGAAGGCUCGAGUUGCCAAACGUCAGCCUCGAAACCUUAAUGACUUGGAGAAGAUCUGCAAAGAGGAGUGGAACAAAAUCCCUCCUGAGAUGUGUGCAGACCUGGUGGCCAACUACAAGAAACGUCUGACCUCUGUGAUUAACAACAAGGGUUUUGCCACCAAGUACUAAGUCAUGUUUUGCAGAUGGGUCAAAUACUUAUUUCCCUCAUUAAAAUGCAAAUCAAUUAAUAAAAAAAUUUACAUGCGUUUUUCUGGAUUUAUUUUGUUGUUAUUCUGUCUCUCACUGUUCAAAUAAACCUACCAUAAAUUAUAGACUGAUCAUGUCUUUGUCAGUGGGCAAACGUACAAAAUCAGCAGGGGAUCAAAUACUUUUUUCCCUCACUGUAGCCUUAAGAUGCUUUUGGGAAACCGGGCCCAGGAAGGUCAUCUAGUCAGAUUGGUGUUGUCCUUGUUUCACCUGUGUUGAUGAUCAGAUACAGAGAACACCAAACUGCUUUUCCUACAGUAGUACAGUACAGUAUGUGUUGCAGUAGCUGUUUGUCACCAAUGAGGAAUGCUCUCGGGCCGAUGCCAUUCCGUCUCAUUUCUCCCCAACAGAUCUGAUCUGUAGUCCUCUGCUGGCCACCUUCCCAGAGAUCAUGGACCAAACGGACCUGCUGGAUGCCCUGAGGGUAAAUUCCGUAGCCGGAUCGAGGCUAGCUCUUCUCACCACACCCUGAAAACCCAAUGCAAUUCAUCUGCUGUUUUCAGGAAGCAGUGGGCUCUUUUAUAGACUGAUGGCUAGCUACAGUGUAUUUACUAAUAUGUUGCAACAUCCCCCUGACUGAAUUGUUUGUCUGUUCAGAAGUCUUGGUUGGAGGCUGAGAGCAAUAUGAAGAGAUCUGAAAAGGUAAGCAAAUCCUUAGAGCAGAACGCACAAUACAAAAGAUACCUAGGUUUUCCUCUUUUGUUUGUGACAAACUUUCACAACAUUCAGACACAGAUUAAGCCUAGUCCUGGACUGUAGCAUUUUUUAUUGGGAUUCUCCAUUUAAAGUGCUUUUUAGUGUGCAGGAAUCCGGCCCUUAUAUAUUUUUGUAGUGAAUUGUGAAGCAAUUUUUUGUGGCACUGCUGAAGUGGCUUGUUCUGUGGGUAUGUGUUUUGUGUGAUGGUGGUUUUACGUGUGUGUGUGUGUGUGUUUUUCAGAGGGACCUACCCCUGCUUAAGAGGAUGUUUGUGAGGGUGUACAUGGACAACAUAUAUCCUCUCCUCUACUCGGCUGACCUGCCCCCUCCUCGCUGGGCUGAUGAGAUGGUGGAGAACCAGCGGGCACGAGUCAUCUUCACCAGCCUACAGACCACCAGUACCCAGGAACCCUUCCACACACACACAGACAGCCCCCCUCGCCACCAAGCCUUCGACAUCUCACAGCUCACCUUUGACCUCCUCUGCAUGGCCCAAUAG